UUAGGGCAGUUUACCCAUGAUAAAAAGAAAUACUAUAUUCUGGGGACAACUCUCAAAAUAAUUUUUUUGUCAAAAUCAUGGGUACAUUCUUUGUAUUUUCCCAAUUUUCCCUCCUAAACCGAAAUAUUUCCCUCUUUCUUCUUUCCAUUGUAUUUUGGUUCCCUCUCUCACACUAACGCCACUAGGUAAGGGGAAACAAAACCUACAAUCUUUCUUGUUUGCUUCAUCAUUAGCGUCAGUUUUAAAAGGCUUUGAAAUUUGGAUUCUUGGCUUUCAGUAGCAUUGUGAUUUUACUUAGCGUGCAGCUAGGAAAUAUUUGAGCAAUGUUAAUUGGCUGUACCUGUAUCGAGUGUAGCUAAUAUAUGGUGGUUAUUGCUAUAAUGGUGGGUUAGGUUUUUGAUGAAGUUGGUUGAUAUAUUUGACUAAAAUUGUGUGGUUGCAGUGGUGUAGGAAUAUUUUGGAUGAUAGUGGAUGUUGGAUAAAUAGGUUUGAAAUUUUGAUCCUUUAAUCUUCGAGUCCUAACAACCAUGGAGUGUAACAAAGAAGAGGCUGUCAGAGCGAGGGGAAUUGCUGAACAAAAGAUGCAAAAUGGUGAUUUUGAGGGUGCUAAGAAGUUUGCAUUAAAGGCCCAAAAGUUGUUCCCUGAGCUUGAGAACAUACCACAGUUGUUGACAGUAUGUAAUGUUCACUACUGUGCAAAAAACAAACUUUUUGGUUCGGAAAUGGACUGGUAUGGGAUUCUUCAGAUCGAGCAAUCAGCUAAUGAGACUUCCAUCAAGAAGCAGUACAGAAAGCUUGCACUACUGCUCCAUCCAGACAAGAAUAAAUUUGCUGGUGCCGAGGCUGCUUUUAAGUUGAUUGGGGAAGCAAACAGGGUUCUUUCAGACCAAACGAACCGUUCUCAAUAUGAUUUGAAGUGCAAAAUCUCAGUGAAAACUGCACCAAAGUCGGCUUCUCACCCUUCGAAUAAGGCCUCUAAGGAUAGUCAGUAUGAGUUCACAUUCACUGCUUCAUAUUCGUAUCAACAGGCACAACAUCCAACAUUUUGGACACUCUGCAGUGCUUGUGGUAUCAAGUACCAGUACUAUUUGGAUUGUUUGAACAGACUGUUAGAUUGCAAGAGAUGUGGGUCUUCCUUCAUCGCCUUUGACUUGGGUCCUUACGGCCACUCUUGUAGUCAGUUCUCCAAUCAGAAAGAGAUACCGAAUCAGGGACCUUGUAAAGUACCUUCGCAAUGCAAUGGUGGUAGCCACUUCUCGCAUGGAAUUGCAGGGUCAGCUCAUAUUCCAAAGGCAGGAAACUCUCAUGAGGAUUUUACAGCUAAUCAGAAAGUGGACCGGUUUUCAAACACAAGAGACAAAGAGGAGGGUGCUGACAUGCCUAAGCCUAAUGCGACGAAACCCAAAGGUUCAGGAACAUCGAGAAAUGCCAAGAAGAGAGGGAGGAAGUCAGUAGAGGAAUGUGCUGAAACUGCUGACGGUGCUGGACAGGAAGAUUGUGGAAAUAAUAGUGGUUUGAACUCAAAUGCAAAUGCGAGUCAUCCUCCUAGGAGAUCUUCAAGGCAAAAACCUAUUACAGAUUAUUUUUCUUGGCAAAAACGUGCCUAAGUCCAAAUGCGUUAAACUGUGUUUGUGCUUACUUUUCUUUUCCUUUUUUACUACUAAGUUCUGAUGUAAUGAACUUUAAUCUUAUGAAAAUUAUCUCGGAAUAUUAACUUAGAAA